GCUCUCUCCCUCUCGCGGUGCUGCCGGUGCCCUGCUCCAUCCCAUGGCCCUGCCCGAGUCCUGAGCGCGCUGCCCACCAUGAAGACCAUCAUCGCUGCCUACUCCGGGGUGCUCCGAGGCACAGGAUCGAACAUUCUUUCUGCUCUGCAGGAUUUGUUCUGGCUCUUGAAAUCCAAAGUAGAGAAACAACUCCAAAUCAUCUCUGUGCUGCAAUGGGUUCUCACUUUCCUUAUCAUGGGUAUUGCUUGCACUUUAAUCCUCAUGUACAUACUGUGCACAGAUUGCUGGGCGAUUGCUGCUCUAUAUUUAGCCUGGCUGGUAUUUGACUGGAAUACACCAAAGAAAGGGGGAAGAAGGUCCCAGUGGGUGAGAAACUGGGCCAUAUGGAGGUACUUCAGGGAUUAUUUUCCAAUAAGACUGGUUAAAACCCACAAUCUGCUGACCACCAGGAAUUACAUUUUUGGGUACCAUCCACAUGGCAUCAUGGGCUUGGGUGCCUUUUGCAACUUCAGCACAGAGGCCACGGGUGUCAGCCAGAAAUUCCCUGGGAUUCGACCAUACCUUGCUACCCUGGCUGGGAACUUCAGGAUGCCCAUAUUGAGGGACUACUUAAUGUCUGGUGGUAUAUGUCCUGUGAACCGUGACAGCAUAGACUACAUCUUGUCCAAGAAUGGCAGUGGAAAUGCCAUCAUCAUUGUGGUUGGAGGGGCAGCAGAGUCCCUGAACUGCACCCCAGGGAAGAACUCUGUGACUCUGAGGAACAGGAAAGGAUUUGUGAAACUGGCUCUGCGGCAUGGAGCUGACUUGGUUCCUGUCUACUCCUUUGGGGAGAAUGAAGUGUACCAGCAGGUGAUCUUUGAAGAGGGUUCCUGGGGAAGAUGGGUUCAGAAGAAGUUCCAGAAGCACAUUGGCUUUGCUCCGUGCAUCUUUCAUGGCCGUGGUCUCUUCUCCUCCAACACCUGGGGGUUGUUACCUUACUCCAAGCCCAUCACUACUGUUGUUGGAGAGCCCAUCACCAUCCCCAAAAUUGAUAAUCCAUCCCAGAAGGAAGUGGACUUCUACCAUAGCAUAUAUGUGGACGCCCUGAUCAAACUCUUUGACAAAUACAAGAGCAAAUUUGGCCUGCCGGAGACUGAGGUCUUGGAAGUCAACUGAAGGCACUGGAUCAGCAGCAUCUCCUCUUCUCAGAACUGACACAUCUUUUCCAGGAGUCCAAGUUGUCAUUGUGUACUUGAAAGCAUGUGUGGGUGUAUGUAUCCUUUAAAGCAAGUGUUUAAAGUACUGCUAGACCACUUUAAAAAAUAAUAAAGAAAGGCUUUGCUUUAGAGAAAUCCCAUUACAAACAUCUUUUAAUACAAAAAAAAGCACAACUCCCCAUUGCUGUGAGGAUUUGGAUAAAUGAUUGCCUUUAUAAUCUGCUAUAUAAUGCUGUUGGAUCACCAGCAAUGGAUUAGAAAAAUUCCUUCAGCUACUGUACCCACUAGCACAAGCAAUUUUGGGAAAGUAGCAUGCGUCUGGUUUUCAAC